GAAACCUUUUUCAAAAUCAAAAAGACGACCAAAAUGUCCAAAGUCUUUGAUACCUACGCGACGCGCAAGGGUGUGCAGGCCAGUUCGCUGCGAUUCUUGCUCGACGGUGAAACGAUCGCUCCCGAAUCAACGCCCAAAAUGCUGGAAUUGGAAGAUCAGGAUCAGAUUGAUUGUAUGUUGGAACAGACCGGUGGAGACGCACGUUAA